AUGUUUGCCGUCAUUCCAGAAGCUGUGCUCCUGUGUGAGGUCGGCCCGGAGCAGCUUCUGACGGCUAUGAGCACUUCCCAUCAGCCUAACCUUUCUCUUCCCGCCCACGCACCCGUCUCGACGCAUACAGUCCCAUCUCCGCAAUUUCCCCGAUAUGCUAGGCUCACCCCCGGUUCCUCCCCGAGGACCUCCUCGACUCACCAUAGCCGCCGCAGCCCCAACGGCUCAUCCACCGAAAAGAUCAACUCCCGACACGGGAAGAGCCGUACUGACCGCAAAGAAAAUCGCGAACGAUCCCGCGACGAUCGGAACGGAAAGAGUCGGUCACGACGCCCCGAUCCCUUAGAAGAGGCCACGCGCGAGUCCGGCAGGCCCAGAGCGAUUCCCGUAUCCAACCCUCAAACAGAGCCCGGUAUGGAGGACCUUUCGGAACAGGAGUUGGUGAAGGAACCGAGUGCUGUCAUCAAUUCGAUGCUGGUCAGCGAUCCGGUGGUUGACCGGGAGCGAGAACAGGUGCGGCAAGUUGGCGCAUCGCCUGCCGCCGCGGCCGUCGUCGAGUCGACCACUCCAAACUAUGGUACACCAGGAGGUGAAAAUGCAGAGGACGGAACCCGAGCAGGACAUCGCAGCCGGCAGGAUUACAAUAAUGGAAACACCAUCAAGCGCAAGGAGACGACAUUCGGCACCUAUAUUCUUGGUCAGACGCUCGGUGAGGGUGAAUUCGGCAAGGUCAAGCUGGGAUGGAAAAGAGACGGUAGCAUCCAGGUCGCGAUUAAGCUUAUUCGCCGGGAAACCCUGGGAUCUAACCCCAAUCGCCUGCCCAAGAUCUAUCGUGAGAUCUCGAUUUUACGCGACCUCGCCCACCCCAAUAUCGUCCGGCUGCACGAGAUGGUGGAAACCGACCGCCAUAUCGGUAUCAUCAUGGAGUACGCGUCCGGAGGUGAAUUGUUCGAUUACAUUCUCAACAACCGCUACCUCAAAGACAAUUCUGCCCGUCGCUUAUUUGCACAGCUAAUCUCUGGUGUGGGCUACCUGCACAAAAAGGGCAUCGUCCAUCGAGACCUCAAACUGGAGAACCUGUUGCUGGAUCGGAACCGAAAUAUUAUCAUUACCGAUUUUGGAUUUGCCAACACUUUCAAUCCGGCCGAUCCAUUGGAUGAGGAAAUCGAAUAUAACCUCACCAAUAAGGAAUAUGUCAAGCGCAAACGCUUAGACAAACCAGGGCCAGAUGGAUUAAGACGGGGUGAUCUCAUGCAAACAAGCUGUGGAAGUCCAUGCUAUGCAGCUCCAGAGCUAGUUGUGAGCGACUCACUGUACACUGGUCGCAAGGUUGAUGUUUGGAGCUGCGGUGUGAUUCUGUACGCUAUGCUAGCAGGCUAUCUCCCAUUCGACGAUGACCCGGCAAACCCAGACGGAGAUAACAUCAACCUCCUUUACAAAUACAUAGUCACCACUCCUCUUACAUUCCCUGAAUAUGUCACUCCUCAUGCCCGUGAUCUAUUGCGACGGAUCCUAGUCCCCGAUCCCCGGAAACGUGCCGAUCUGUUUGAAAUUGCCCGUCAUAGCUGGUUGAGUGAAUACUCCCACGUUGUCUCGCAUAUCACCAGCAGCACAACGAAUGCGCCGUCGCUGGCCCGCAGCGCUUCAGUUCGCGAGCCGCCCAAAACCAGUCAAAACUCUGUUCCAGCUGUUGGUGGGCUCAAUCACCAUGCUGGGGAUGUUUCACAGGAUUCUCCCAGUGAGAAGUCCAAGACAUCUCGGGAUGCAAAACGGAGAACCGUCCAGGUCGAAUAUGUUGCCCCUCAAUCGCAAACAGCUCGGGGAGAGUACCAAGGGGGUGAUCCAGAACCGCGACCCCGCGGUGCUGCCCAGCACGAGACGGCAGAACAAGCGCCUGCACCACCAGCUAAAGAUACAACAACUCGGACUGCUCCUAAGCCGCCAGUCAACUAUGACAAACCAUUACCGGGCCACUUUCCCCGUUCAGCCUCCGAUAAUGCAGCAUUUACUGGUACCCAUACUACUGCUACAGGGCCUCCUCCAACUACACGUCCGACAACAGGCGGUUCAAUGGCUUCCUUUCACACUGGUCGCUUGCCUUCUCGGGGAUCAUAUGGACAACCUGUGGCUCCUACCGUCACUGCGACAAAUACGGAAGGUCGCCUGGCGCAACCCAAGAGUGGCCAGUUCUCACUGGCACAAAACCCAGCGCAGGCAUCCACCGCAUCCAUUGGCCGCCCAAGCACCCAACAACUGCCCUCAGCAUUCAACCCAACUCCUCGACAAGAGCCACCCAAGGGCCACAAGCGCUCAAACACGGUAUCUAGCAUUGGCGAAAAGCUCUUUGGUCGCUCUGGUUCUAUUCUGGGUGGCCGUGGCUCGCAGAGCAAUGCUGCUUCUCGUGCUACGCGAGCCAAUAAGCGUUAUCCUCCUACAAGCAUGAAAGAGACUUUACCUCGGGAAGAUUCUCGCGUCUCCAUGGAUUCUCGACGCUCAAUGCAAUACACGCAUAAUCGCAAGGCCAGUGAGGCAGGAGAGGGACGCCCUCGUCGGUUCUCGCUUCUUCCGCCUUCUUUUUCGUUCCGAAAUUUCUCAUCAGGUCGGGCCCAGACUCCUGAGGAGGCUUCCCAGACUCCGCGCACACCAGAUCCCCAUGGUCCACCACGCCCAGCCACAGGCCCCAUCCAGAGUCGUUCUCGGGCAACAAGUUAUGGGACACAGGACGCUAUGGGCAUGGUAAAUGAAGGGCCUGCGGACGAGGUACAUGCUGAACAGAAGGAUUCAGAGCCCCUCAGCUAUGAGGCUCAAAUUGACCAGCAAUUUGCCGAGCUCGGGUCUCGCUUUGGCCAGACGCAGGACACAUUUGGCACCAUCUCUUCGGAACAGGUCUAUCACAACCCCGAGGAUCACUACUCUGGUCACAACUACACCUAUUCGUCAAAGCCGAAUUAUUACGAUGAAUAUAACGGCACCUACGAAAGCUUGCCUCGCCAGUCUAUGCAAACUGGCCGCCGUGGCCCGAACGUGUUGCAGAAGAAUCAUCGCAAAUUCGCCGAUGCCUAUGAAUAUGAGCGAGAUGGAUCCCACCAUUCUGGAAGCUCCGGUGCUGCCCGCAAAGUCAUGGACUUCUUCCGCCGACGUGCCAAGUCCCGCGCUGGCGAUGGCCAGUAA